AUGUCUGGCAAAAGCAAUUUGCGGACUGUUUUACAGAUAAAGGAUGCUGAAUCCGACGGUGCUGACAAAUCGCAAAUGCGUGAGUUCAUUCUGGUAUUAUCGUAAAUGCUUUGUGUCUGCAAAUGUGGACUCUAAACCACAGAUCCUAGAUCCUUAAAUUCACUUUUCGAAUUAAAGGCUCUUUUUGUUUAAACCGACCAUGAAUAUUUCCUGCCAGUAAUGAGGAGGCAACACGGGAGUUGACUAAUUAAGUGAUGCUCACCUUUCGCCUCCUAUUCGUUCUAUUAGUUUUCUUGCUGCUGGAUAUGUGUGGCCUUAUAGGAGGGGAGGAGGUAGCGUUCAUUCACCUAGCCCCUAUUUCGUCCUUCAUUCGGGCUGGACUUGUGGAUUCCUGGCCUCUGUUUGGGGGUAUGGCUUGCUGAUCAUGGCAAACACGCCAGAAACGACCGCCUCAUUUCCCGAUCGGUCACGGGAGUGUGGACCCCGUAUCGCAGGUCACCUCACGCUAAAUUCUAGGAAGGGUACCUAUUCCCGUGUCUUAACUUUAACCCUAACCAUUCUUGCCAUAAUUAUAGCCUUCCCCCUUUGAAAUUUACGGCAAAGCCACCUUCAAUACGGCCGGCUCAUAUUACCGUGCCCAACCGACUCCCACUUAUCCGCCUUGGUAGCACCUGUUUCAUUUUUCUCCUGUUUUAGAAUCAUCCACUGCACCUCCAAGCCUGCUUUUGCCUCUGCUUAUCCUCUUUCGACUUUUUAACGCCCUCGUCAUUCGUACAACCUUCGUACCCGAUGAAUACUGGCAGUCAGUAGAAGUGGCACACCGUUGGGCCUUCGGGUGCGUUUUAGCAGUUUUCUCCCCCUAACCACCUUCAAUAAUAAACAUUUUCGAACGAGACACAUUGUCAGUUAGCUCAAUAGAGGGAGUUUACACAGUAGACUUUUUACCUAUGCGGUUUUAAGCAGAACUUCCGAUGCCCUGUUUAGGUACGGAGCCCUCACCUGGGAGUGGUGGAACUCUACAGCGAUCCGUUCGCCGCUCCAUCCCCUGAUCUUUGCUGGUCUGUAUAAGCUGCUGGCGACCGUCGGUCUCGAUUCCAGACUCGCUAUAAUCUACCUGCCGCGCCUCCUACACGGAAUUUUAGCCGCGGUCGCAGACUACAAUCUCUACUGCCUCGCUCGUCUACUUGCUGGUCCAGCCACUGCAAAGGUCGUUUUGCCUUCCUGAGAGGUUUUCCCUUGUGUUAGUUGCGUUUGUUAUACCAGUUGUUUUUGAAGUGUCGCCGUUUUCUAACCGCAAAAUUUUGCCCGAAUACACCUUUUUAGUGGACUCUCAUCGCCCAGUGCACCAGUUGGUUUACGGCAUUUUGCGGUCCUCGAAGCCUGGCGAACAACUUAGAAUGGGCGCUGACUACGGCUGCAUUCAACUUCUAUCCCUGGUCGUCGUUCGUGUCACUAAAGAAAAGGUCGACAUAUUGCUUUAUUUUGCUGGUGUGUGUAUGCGCUAUCCUGCGCCCCACCGCCGCACUCAUAUGGGCCCCAGUAUGUCUGUUCCAUCUGGUGUGUGAGUUGUAAGUUUAUAUUUCGAAACGUACACCGCUACUUAACAGAAUACAGUAGCGUGUUUAACUUAUGCACCGCAAAAUUUCUAUCCUGGUUGCGCGACCAGUGGGCUUUUUGUGGAUUUAUGCAGGCCUGUGUACACUGACUAGCCAUGAGGUUACGUUUCCUGCUCUGCAUGCCCUGUACGCUAGUUGCGCCUCUUCCCCUCGCGGCAACUGCACUGACACCUCGGUCGCUAAUUUUCGUACCAAAAUGUCUCAGCUAACUGAACUGAGGACGGGUUGCAUUGUGGUAGGUUCGGCCAAAUGUUAAUUAAAUUUAUAGAUUUAGUGCCCCAGCAUAUGUUUUCCACAGGAUGAAGAAUGCAUGAAAUAUUGGCCACCAUCGAACUCCUUGUUAAAUGAAGGGGGUUACUCAGUCGACGUUGAAACAAACGUGUACUCUCAAAUAUGAGCAUGGAGUUUUAAUGAAGUGCGUAAUACUAAGUGCCCCUUAGUCCCGUUAUAUGUUUCUCCAAAGCUUGCUGACGACAACCACCUUAUUUGCUCAAAGUAAUGGACCUAUCUUAUGCGAAAUAUUCUGUUAAAGUGGAGUCAGAAACAUACGUAUUUGGCGUUGGGGGAAUAUUCAUUCGUUGACAUGCUUUCGCCUACUUUAUUCGCAAUUCGCAUCCAUUUCUCUCUUCUUUAAUUAUUAUCUGCCACUAAACUGGCCGACAUAAUCUUCAGACCGGAGCGUGACAGUUUGGGAUGACACAUGUGUCGCGACAAUGUAUGGCUAAAAUUUUCAUUUAUUGGGUGAAAAUGCGUCUUGGAAGGUUUCUAUCGUUUCACACCGCCACAUUUUCCUCAUUUAGAUUGAUGCUUUUUAACCUCAUUUACUGUCUUAGCGAGAGCUUUCAUACACCUGCGUCAUGUUCUCAUACAAUUUUCAGUUCUUAUUUUCCCCUAGUUCUUCAUCGAAUUCCCGACCUCUCCGCACAUUUGGCCUGUACACAGCCAUUGCGAUUUCCUGUCUUCUAAUUUCCAUUGUUUCCGACCGCAUCGCCUUCGGACGAUGGACUUUACAUCAGCUCAACUUUCUACGAUUUAACCUUCUCACAAAUGGCGCGAAUUUCUACGGCGUCGAGCCAUGGCACUGGUACCUGACAAACGGCCUGCCUACCAUGCUUUUUUCCUCGGCUCCAUUUUUCGUUGUUGGUUUUAUCAUCGACUUUACGGGCACUCAUACCGGUGGUGGCUUGAAUGUCUUCUCAUCUUGGAGGCCCAGAAUGACAGCGAAAGAAGCCCGGCUACAUCAUUCAAUAUCCAAGUUUUUCGGCUCCGUUGUCGCGUGGACACUGCUGGUUUACAGGUGAUAACGAAGUGGAAUUACCAUAAAAUGGCUACUUUUUUAAGUUAGUAGUGCCCAUUAACGUUGCAAUUUAUUUCGCAGUUGUCUCUCCCACAAGGAGUACCGCUUCAUUUUCCCCAUCCUACCACUGCUCCACUACUUCACUGGUCGCGGCUUGGUGUGCGCAUCAAAUGCACUGGAUCGCAGUGGUCGGGAAACCGUCUUCUGUGUGUUUUCACCAAAGACCGCCCUUGCAGUCUUUCUGGUCGCUAGCCAUGUGCCUCUUGCUAUGUACACCUGCCUGGUGCACCAGCGGGGCCCGACGGAGUUGAUGGGGCUACUGGGUAGCCAGGGAGAUCGGAAUAACUGGCCCUCGGCUGCACCACUCUUUUAUAUGAACGGGGAAACUCCUGGACCGAAUGACCAAGUGCGAGCCCUGUUUCUCAUGCCCUGUCACACUACUCCGUAUACUAGGUCAGUUCACUUUUAAAAGCCCUCUCUCUCUAAACAUGUUAGAAAUGUAAAUCAUUACAUGGAUGAGAAAUUUAGUUUGAUGUUCGCGUAAUUUACCAUUCAUUCAUUUCGUUCACUCCCUCACGUAGACCAGAGCAGACUUCUUAGGAAUCGUUUUGCGAUUUUUUGCUGUUAAUUUUUCCAAUAAGCUAAACACGAGCGUUUGGGGUUCUUAAAAACGAAAAGGUGACUCCCCAACCGUGACUGUGGUCUUUCGAACUCUUUCUGGGUGCUUGUCGGCCGCUUCGGAACGACUAGGCGGGCGUACAAUUCGUCCUUGACGUCUGUAUCAGAUUGACUAAGAAGUCGAAAGCAGAAGCGCACCACUCAUUACGUCGAUUGUUGUAACGCAAUGGGAAAUACGGAAACGGAACCAGAUCUCGGGCACACUACGGACUGUUUUUUAACUAUAGUGGGGCUCGUAAAGGUACGAGUCGCUGCUUUCCGGUCUUACUUUGCUGAGUAAAUGCAUAAUAACCUAAUGUUUCAAACACCAGCCCGUCAAAUUCCACGAGCCGGUGAUAUAGCGCGAAGGGUUGAUUUACCCGCUAUGUAAGGAAUGAAAAAUAAAUAUGAACAACAGCGCAAUGUUUAUCAGUAAAACACUAUUUCAAGUGUAAGUGAAUAUGAAGGCCCCAGGCCAUUCUUUCAAUGCAGAACACAAGAUCGCCGAAAUUUUCCCGUUUGCACAGGAGUCCAUCCUCGGAGUCUGAAAAAUCGAUAAAGCAUGGGCAAUUUUUUGGUCCUGAAGGAGGAGAUACGAUCGCUGGAACAACAGCUUUAUUCGCCUAAUGUUUCGGAUUGCUGCUCGAACCCAUCCUCAGGGACCAUAGCAGAUACAGGUAGUUCAUGAACAAGGGGAUGCGGUCGCCAUGCUUCUGCGAACUAAUCGUUCAUGCUCGCUUAUUCGUGAACCGGGCCUUCUUGUAGCCUGUCAUGUAUAGUGACGAGAACAGUCAUGGCAGGGUGUCUGGUAGACCACACCCGACUGUUCACCCACGUCCAGUCGGUCCUUCAUCUGCAUUAUCCUGGUACACACGGUAGCUGCCGGACGAUGGACGACGUCCAAGCGAGAUUCUGCGACAAUAGGUUGUCUCUUUUGAAAGCCGAAAUGUUGGUGGUCCUCUCCUUCGUGUCUCUCGGGGGUACGCACGAAAGCAGUAUUUGGGUAGUUGUUUCAUGCUAAUUAACCCCAUAGGUGCCGGUGUUCCUUUAUUAGUUGCCCCGGUUCGCUGCAGCGCGUUUUUACUCUUUGGAUGAGCACCUAACACAGCCACUUUUGCGCGCUACUGAGUGAUUGUUAUGAUUACUGUUGUCAUUCUUCCACUGUCUCUGAAGAUAAGCCCUUGCAUGAGUCCGAAAAUUCAGGCUGAUGCAAUUGUCGUUUAGGCGAUCGUAGGUUCUUCCUGACUGUAGAAAAACCUUUAUUUCACAAUUUCCAUAAAAAUUGCUACUUCCUUUCAGUUAGUAGUGUCUAUUAACAGUGCAAUUUAUUUGACAGUUGUCUCGCCCACAAGGAGUACCGCUUCAUUUUCCCCAGCCUACCACUGCACGAUGUCAGAAAAUUCAGGCGAAUGCGAUUGUCGUUCAGGCGAUCGUAGUUUCCUCUUGACUGUUGUAAAACAUUUACUUCACAAUUUGUCGUCUUCCGCUAAACCAUCUUCUGGCAUUCUGGACUGCUGAACAUGGAAGGCGGCUCAACUUGCGCACCAGUCACGAUGUUGUGGGCCCUUUGCAUUGGGCACUGGUUUUGAACUGCUGGUACAGGCCAACAGGCGAGCUCUACGAUGCGAAGGCAUCGUCGCUGUGUAUUUUAUCUUCCCAACUUCCAUCUGCAGAGGCAACCACAGACAGAAUCUGAGCUUUCUGUAAACGCGUUUAGUACUACUAGUUAAAUCCACGUCUUAGUGUUUCAUUGCGGAAAGCAGGCCUGCAGAGCCCCUAUCGGCAGUUAGGUAGGGCCGAUUUGUAUUUUGUGGGGAUAAAAGUUUAUCAGACCCUAUGACCUGAAUCCCGGCUUAUGAAUCCAUUCUGUAACACUGUAUUCAUCUAUGGUUAUGCGUGAAGUAUUUGUGUUUUCGUUCUUUUCUGACAAACUUUAGAUGACUAAUGCUCUCUACGUUUACCUUCGGUUUAGCUACCUUCACCGCAAUAUUUCACUACGUCUCCUUGCCUGUGAUCCGAAUCUUUCUGCGUUGACUGGCGAGGAUCCGGCAGGUUAUGUUGAUGAGGCCGACCUCUUCUACGCAGACCCGUUGGCCUGGCUGCGAACAAAUUACCCUGAAUCUCGUGAACUUCCCCAUUUCAUUGCAAUGUUUGACCGUCUACUGAUGGAUGCUAGAUACGGCAUUGAUGUUGCAGACUUCAUCAAAACUCGUCAUUACUUCCUCUGUGCCCGCCUCUUCCAUGCCCAUUUCCCAACUCAUCGGAGACAUGGGAAGUACAUUAACCUUUUCUGCCACCAAGGCUCACCAUUUAAAUUAAAUUAG